CUUUUCAUAAAUGAUUGCGUAACUUUGCUUCGUUGCACGGAAACGAGGCAAGCGGUGCUUAAAAUUCUUUACUAAUUGCUUCCAAUAUGAUUCUUUGUUUACGCUAACAACAGAUUCAAAAUGCUGCGGAGAUACAUUAUUAUGAGGGCGAUAUUUACAUAAAAACGAGUUAACUCCUUAAUAAAAGGCUUUAUCUCUAUAAAGUUACGCAUCUUUUGACAUUAAUAAGCGCUGGCAUUCUGAGUUUGAAGACAAGAUCUGUGGAAGUGUUGGUUUUGUGACAAGCUUUAUUUCAGAAAUAUUAUAUCUAAAAUUUGUAAAAAACAGUUAUUUUAAUAGCUAAAUCUCAGCUCAAUAUGGAUUUUAAAAAACACGAGUUGGAGAUACCAGAUUUUGAUGAUUAUUUCAAAAACAACAUGGUUGAUAUGGAUGCCAUUACUCUCACAGAAGAUGAUAUUGACAACCCAUAUGUAAAAUUAAAUGUUACAAUGCUUUCAAAAUAUCCUAUGGAACAUUUAAAACAGUGGUUAGUAUUUAGAGGAGACACUCUACGUGGUAUUCACACACUAAAAGAUGCCCAAGUUAGAGUAUGGAACUACUUUGAGAAUAAAAACAAUCAGAAGAUUGUUGAUCCAACACCUGAUAAGCUUUGGAUUAGGAAAAAAGCAAUGGAGCUAGGAAAAAUUUUAAAACCGCUUUGGAAAGAAGGCUCACUACCUGAAGCACCCUCAGCAAUACAAAAUGAUAUGAAAAAUCCAUUGGACCUCACUGGCUGGUCAAAGUCUUUGCAAGGUGUACCUGUCUUUACCGUUACGCAAAUGACAGACUAUCACACAAAAGUAAACAAUACAUUUGUUGAAAAGGCUAAAACAAUUAAAAAACAUUUUGCAAGAGGUGAACAAUUUGUAGAAGAAAAAUACAUUGAUACCAGCACAAUAUAUGUCAAACAAGACAAUAAUAUAUUUUGUAUAAAAGGUAUAGCUGCUGCAAGUUUAAAAAAAAUGAAUAGAUGGGUGUUUAUUGUACUUAACAAAAUUAAUGGUGAAGUUGUAUUUGCACAUUGUCAAUGUCCAGCCGGAAAAACCGGCACAUGUUCGCAUUGCUAUGCCGUUAUGAAACUGUUAGCUAAAUGGGUAGUUGAUGAAUUGCGUAUGAUUCCAGAGCCUAAAGCAUGCACAUCAAUGCCAUGUGUUUGGAAUGUACCGCAGGCAAGAGAAUAUAUGCAAAAGCCACCUGUCUCAGAACUAACCAUUAAAUCACCAGAUUCAAAAAGGAAUGCCACAAAUACUAAAAAAGGAAUUACAUCUUCAUUGUACGAGCCAAGAUCUGAACAUAACAGAGACACACGUAGUGACAGUUUGAGAAUUUUGCUUGACAACGUCACUAAUUUUCAUGGCAAAGCACAUGCACCAAAAAUUACAUCAUUUUGUGUAAAUAUAAAGAUGAAGGCACUGCAAUUUUAAACUCUACACAAUCUAUAAUGCAUCGUACGUUUGCAAAUCUUUCUUUCAUACUAGCUGGCAUAUUUUCUUGAACUUGACUGCGGGAAGGCCAAAUGCAUAUUGUUCCGAGCUUAACAUACAUAUAAUUUACCCACGUUUGAAAAGUAUUUGUUACAGUACCUUCAGACACUUCAAACAAAUAUGAUAAAUGGCAAACAUCAAAGUUUCUUCGCAUUCUAACAAGGGUCAAUAAAAAACUUUCAAGAGGGGACAGCGUACGUGGUCUACCUCUAUCACUAAAACCUUUGACAUCUUGAUUAUUGUAAAGAAUAACAUUUUCUCCAUUUUGUCCUGGGUUUAAAAAAAUUAAUAAUUCUUUAAACACUUCGAUGUUUGGUAUGCCAGUGUAAUGUUUACAUGAUGCAUCAGAUGACAAAACAUUUUCGACAAAUUUUAUUUUAACUGUAGAAAUUUUUUCCAUGAGUUUGUGUUUCAACAUUUCUAUCUCUUUACACAAACUCUUUUUUUCUUCUGUAAGCUUUUCAACUUCUUUUGACAAAAAAAUUGCGUCUGGUUCCUCCCUCAUAAUAAAGUCUGGCUCAGCUACAAAUUCAGUGGAAUCAUCCCCUAUAUCAGUCUCAUCAGGAAUUAGAGUGGAUGUUUCUCUAAAUUUUUUUCGAGGAGAUGGUCUGUUAACAGGAGCUUUUCUUUUGCUAAAAUCCUCCACAUUUUCAAAUAGUGUAGGUUUGGCUCCAUCUCUCAAUCUGCGGCGUGUCCCUCCAGGGGCUUUUAUUAUAUCACUUUUUGCAAAGUGUUUUUCGCACAGCACAGUAUGGCUGGUUACUCUAAAGUUGUCUUGUCCAUCAAUACGUUUAAUUCGGCUGCACCACACUUUCCUUGUUCCUGAAUCUUUCGGAAAUUUAAAAAAACUUAUGGUUGAAGAUAUUAAUUCAUUUUCAAAUUCAACCAGGCUACGAUUAUUGCAUCCCCAGGCAGCACAUUGCUUUCCUUGAGAUCUUUUAUGUUUUUUCUUCGUAUUUCCCUCCGACAUUUUGUUUACAAAAAAGUUUAGCACCGCUUGUCUCGUUUUCAAUACGAGGCAUACUAUUGCGCAAUAAUUUAUGAAAAGGUCUAUUAAUCUGACAUUUAAUUUAAAAUUUCAGCAUGCGCUCCAAAAGUCCACUCCAUUCAUUUAACACACUGGGUGCUUCUACCGCACUGUUUGUCUCAAAAGUCAAAAUCAUUUCGAAAUUUUUAUGAUCGAUGAAGGCGCUGCAGUUUAUAGUAACGAUGUUCCAUAACUUUGACCAAUGAGCUUAUUUUAAUCGGCGCCUGUUUUAGUUUGAGUGUGUCUUUUUGGACUUUGCGCCACUGGAAUGCACGACCGCGUAGCGCGUCUUGCUUUGCGAUUGAAGUGGACUUUCUGACAGCCGAUGCUUGACUAACGGCUAUGAAAUUGAAACGUGGCAAAUUUCAUAGCGUUCGUUACCGUUUGUCAUUUUUUUAACAACCCAUCAUAUUCCCUAAAAACUUUCUUGGCUAUUUUUAGUAUCCGGGGUCCUUGCCUAGCUUUGAAGACCUUGAAAUGAGACUUCACCUUUAUUGCAAGAACACUUGGCAGAAACCAUUGCUAAAGAACACGAAAAAAUUCUGGCCCAAUGUUAAAAAUAAAUUCUUUAACUAAAAAUGUAAACAUUACAAAACACGUCUUUCUACUCUUUCUUCACUUUUUGAGAAAACUGUCGCUCCUCCGUUCGUCUCCAGACCUCAUGCGCCAUAUGUAUAAAUAACUUUACUGUUUUUUUUCUUUUUUCCCAAAACAAACAAUGAAAACCUUCUUUUAAGGCAGAAUUUUUUAAAGAAUUAAUUGCUACAAUUUUUGUACGCGCUUUUGGGUCACAGAAAUUUGUAACGCACUGGAAAAUAAAACCAGAACAAUUUCAGGCUGAAUACGCGAAAAAAGUUGAAAUAAGGAUGAAGCCAAAUUUCCUGGUUUUUCCAAAAAGUUUUCAGGGACUUUCAAAAACUUGAUAACGUCAUAACUGCUCAGAGGCCAAGCGACUUUGGGCACGACGAUGGAAAACGAAUGUGCAAAUUUUCUCGGAAUCGUCAUUUCAACCUCCCUAGCCGGUCACGAUCGCUUUUACAGUUGUGUAAGCCAUGUGAACUACGUUGAUGACGCGCUAUUUGUAGCUACUGCGUUAUCCACAUUUUAAAUCAAUUCUCGUGACGACCCAACUGGGAUCCGGACGGUCAGGAAAACAGGUCAAGUUGAUGAUGUUACUUGCGAACCACGAUUAGCUAAUUUUACACUCUCGUAUAUAUUUUAUAGAAACAGUCUUUACAAUUCCUUGUUGGAUGAACUUUGAAAUUCUUUCCUCUUUUGCAAUACACUUCGUACCUACCUCGUUACCAGAGGAUUUUACCUUUUUGGUUAAUUUGGUAAUAACAGUUUAGAGACCAAGAGACCCUAGGGACAAGACUAAUUGUGUCCGGGAUAAUAGGAAAACAACUCAAAAACUUAAAAUAUCAAUACUCCCAAAUGACAUGGAUUUAAUUUAGCGAUUGGUAAAGUGACUUUUUUGCGCGAAUUUAAUUUGGCGAAUUAAAAAUAAAAUUUUCUCUACCCCAAAGUUUUUCUGCACUGAAAGGUACUACAUGAAGUACAGAGUUUAUUAGGCACAUAGACGCAUAGAUGCUUAGAAGCAUGUAGACAAGUAGAUCGCCCUCGUCCCCAGGGUUUUUUUGAUUUUUUGAUAUGAAAAGUGACGUCGUCACCUCUAUAGUAUAUGUAGUAUAUAUACAUAGCCAGAUACAUGUUCCAUGUCGAAAACAACAUUGUUCACAUUUAAUAAUCAUUGCAUACAAAGUGAAUAUGCAUGCGUUCAUACGGACAACCUAGUUUACGAGUUUAUAAGAACAUUGAAGCUUAGUUUUUACCAAAAAUGAAUAAAAUGUUAAGAAACGAACACAGACAGUCUGCAUUACUUCAGAUUAUAAAAACAAAA